AUGGUGCCAUUACCGUAAACACUCCACGAUCAUCGACAUGAGGUGUAUUGGUGCGCGUUCUCCCCUACACUACUAGCGACUUGCUCCGGAGAUAAAGCCAUACGAAUAUGUAACAGGAAUGACUUCUCGGAGCGUCCGUUCUUGCCUCUGUCAGGGAACAGCUAUGGAGUUCACUGCUACAUCAAUGUCCCGGGUUUGUUCUGCCGCUCCUUCACAGAUGGCAGUUCAGUGCAGUUUCGAUUGGCCUCCUGUGGACAGGACAGUCAACUGAAGAUACGAUCCAUAUCACAGCAUGCUGUAGCACGUAGGCUGGUCUGGCCUCUGCUACGCACACACAGGAAUAGAUGGCGAGAUUCUGUGGGUCCCCGUGGUAAAGUCUUGAGGAAGGUGGAGGCUUUGAAAGCAGCGUUGAUGGGAUCAGGUGCUCCAUAUGAGUUCCUUUGUCCCAUCACCAGAGAGGUGUUGAAGGACCCUGUCAUCGCUGCAGAUGGAUAUUCCUAUGAGAAAGAGACCGUUGAGAGUUGGAUCAGCCCUAAACGCCCCAGUCCCAUGACCAACCUACCUUUACCAACAAUUUUGGUCACGCCCAACAGGAGCCUGAAGACCGCUGAAUGGUCUGCUUAA